GUCCGUUUUCCCCUCGAAACUUCGGGGGAAGUGUAGUGCAGAAAGGCGGUACUGUAGCCGGUACACAUACGUACGUACACACGCACACGCACACACACACACACAGCCUUGUGGGACAUGUAGUCCAGAGCUCGUGCCGGUAGACACACCCACACCCACCCUUGCAUUCUGGGACAUGUAGUCCAGAGCUCGUAAACUCGUGUAGUCCCAUAUACUGCAGCUACAGUAACGCCUCGCUGUAAACGUUUCCCCGCGGAAUUCUGGGAAAUGUGGUCCAGGAGCUCCGGGUUAGUCGCAGGCACUUCCGCCCCAGGAGGACAACGUAGCAGCCAUCUUUUGCCUGAUUAUGGUGUUUCAGGUCGGCUCUUCACGACCCAUUUAAGCUUCCGCGACAUGCGCCUGGGGCCAACCUUUCCAGACCUUUCAUUUGUGGAGAAAGAGGAGAGGCUAAAAGCGGAGCCCUGACUUCUCAAAAAGCACUGCACGGAGGAAGAGGCAACAGAGCCCUACGACUCUGCACUUCCCCAGGAGAGAGAAAAUGAGCACAUUCCAGGAGGCGGUGACUUUCAAGGACGUGGCCGUGGCCUUCACAGAGGAGGAGCUGGGGCUGCUGGACUCGGCCCAGAGGAAGCUGUACCAGGAUGUGAUGGUGGAAAACUUCCGGAACCUGGUCUCAGUGGAAGAAAACAAUCAAAGUGAGUUGAGGGCCGUUCAAGACAGAGGAUCACGUGAAGAGCUUUCCUGCCGGCAAAUCUGGCAACAAAUUGCAAAUGACUUAACCAGAUGCCAAGACUCCAUGAUAAAUAGUUGUCAGUUCCACAAACAAGUUGAUUCCCCCUGCCAGAUUGGGGCAGGACUCUCUAUUCAAAUUUCUGAAGAUGAGAACCAUAUAUUAAAUGAUAAAGGAGGUGAUCCCAGUAAUACUGGAAAUCCAAGGUUUGCAACUUUGAGAGCCCAGGAUUCUUGGAGGAAAACUUCAUUGACCGAGUCACAGAAUUAUCAGAAUAGACACCAGCAAAUUUCCAUGAAAAAUAAACUGUGUCAGUGUAAAGAGGAUGUUGACACCAUCAGUUGGAUUUCACAUCACCUUGAUGCUCACGGAGUACACAAGUGUCCAAAAUCUUACGGCUACAGUGAUUAUAGAAAAGAUAGCAUGAGGGUUUCAACACUGGAUCAGAAUACUAUGAUUCACACAGGACAAAAACCUUACCAGUGUAAUGAAUGUAAAGAAACGUUCACUGAUCUCUCCACCUUUGAUCUUCACCAGCAGUUACACUCAAAAGAGAAGUCUCAUAUGUGCAGUGAGUGUGGAAAAGGCUUCCGUUACAGCUCGGUUCUUCAUAUUCAUCAGAGAGUUCACAUGGGAGGAAAACACAGUGAGUGUGAUGAGUGUGGCAAGGAGUUCAGUCAGAGCUCACAGCUGCAGACUCCUCAGAAAGUCCACACUGUAGAGAAACCAUUCAAAUGUGGGGAAUGUGGGAAAGUCUUCAGUCGUAGGUCAGCACUUACUAUUCAUUGUAAAGUCCACACAGGAGAGAAACCUUACAAUUGUGAGGAGUGUGGGAGGGCCUUCAGUCAGGCCUCUCACCUUCAGGACCAUCAGAGAGUCCACACUGGGGAGAAACCAUUCAAAUGUGACACGUGUGAUAAGAGCUUCAGUCGGAAUUCACACCUUCAGUCCCAUCAGAGAGUCCAUACGGGAGAGAAACCAUACAAAUGUGAGGAGUGUGGGAAGGGCUUCAUUUGUAGCUCAAAUCUAUACAUUCAUCAGAGAGUCCACACAGGAGAAAAACCCUACAAAUGUGAGGAAUGUGGGAAAGGCUUUAGUCGGCCUUCAAGUCUUCAGGCCCAUCAGGGAGUCCACACUGGAGAGAAAUCAUACAUAUGUAAUGUGUGUGGUAAAGGCUUUACUCUGAGUUCAAACCUUCAGGCACAUCAAAGAGUCCAUACAGGAGAGAAACCAUACAAAUGUAAUGAGUGUGGGAAGAGCUUCAGGAGGAACUCCCAUUACCAAGUUCAUCUGGUUGUCCACACAGGGGAGAAGCCCUAUAAAUGUGAGGUAUGUGGGAAGGGCUUCAGUCAGAGUUCAUAUCUUCAAAUCCAUCAGAAGGCCCACAGUGUAGAGAAACCUUACAAGUGUGAGGAGUGUGGGCAGGGCUUCAAUCAGAGUUCACGACUUCAGAUCCACCAGCUGAUCCAUACCGGUGAGAAACCAUACAAAUGUGAAGAGUGUGGGAAGGGAUUCAGUCGUAGAGCAGAUCUUAAAAUUCACUGCAGAAUCCACACCGGAGAGAAACCGUAUAAUUGUGAGGAGUGUGGGAAAGUCUUCAGGCAGGCCUCAAAUCUUCUGGCCCAUCAGAGAGUCCACAGUGGAGAAAAACCAUUCAAAUGUGAAGAGUGUGGGAAGAGCUUCGGUCGGAGUUCACACCUUCAAGCCCAUCAAAAAGUCCAUACUGGAGAAAAGCCAUACAAAUGUGAGGAGUGUGGGAAGGGUUUCAAGUGGAGCCUGAACCUCGACAUGCAUCAGAGAGUCCACACAGGAGAGAAACCAUAUAAGUGUGGGGAGUGUGGGAAGCACUUCAGUCAGGCCUCAAGUCUUCAGCUUCAUCAGAGUGUUCAUACUGGAGAGAAGCCAUACAGAUGUGACAGAUGCAGUAAGGUCUUCAGUCGGUCUUCACAGCUACAGUCUCAUCAGAGAGUGCACACAGGGGAGAAGCCUUACAAAUGUGAGACCUGUGGUAAGAGCUUCAGUUGGCGCUCCAAUCUAACAAUUCAUCACAGAAUCCAUGCUGCUGAUAAAUCCUAUAAAAGUGAUAGGAGUGGUAAGACCAUCAGAGAGCCCACACACGAAAAAAUUUCCAUAAAAUGAUUUAAAAAAAACAAAAAAAACAACUCAGGUGUCAUGUGAAUUCUUCCAGUCAUCAAGUUCAAAAGAAAAACAAAUCAUUUGUUUCAUUAAAGUCAGUGUUUCAACCAUAGCUCAACAUGUCCCAGUAGUCAGGAGGCCACACAGCAGAGAACCCUGGUAAAUGGUGUAGUAAGUUUGAACUUUGACCUCUAUCAAAUAUUACUCAGGGGAGAAGCCUUAGUAUGAGUUUUAGCAGGGCUUGUACAAAAAAAGUAUGAUGGACGUGCCAAAAUUUAUGCCCAUUACAACAUAAACUCCACGAAUGCAGAGACGUUUGUUCUGAAUCUACAGUCUGAACAUUGUCAGCUACUUCGUAGGUGCUCGAUAUUUGUCCAAUUAAUGAGGAAAAACUUCUUGAAAAUUAUGUUGCAAUCCCCUCCAAAAUUUCAUAAAAAUUUGUAUUCAGAGCAGUUAACCUAAAUGUGGCCUUAAAAGUAAUCCAGGGAGACAAAAAGUUGAAGUGUUAGAAAACCACUCAGUAUUGCAAUUUGUAAUAUGAAUGUGGCAUCAUCCUGUUAUGAUUAGCUCCAUUUGUCUCCCCCCAGCCUCACUUCAAGUUGGAUCUUAUCUUGGACUUUGUCUAAUAUUCUGUUAAUUUUUUACAGUACAAAUUCAGUUACCUUUUGUGACAGUAUAGACUUACUGAAAAUGGAUUGUUCAUCUUGCAAUACAGAAAACAUACUGUUGACCCUUUUAUCAAGAAUGUCAAGGCAGAGGUUUAAGUGUCAGAAAGAGUUACUAAUGACAGUGACAGAGGACAAACAUUUCUUAGUAAAUGAAAUGAUCGUUGGUUUCUUAUUCACCACAUUUCCAUCUAGGUUUUGAUGUGAUUGUCUCCCAAGGGUUUUAGCAUUACUUUCAUCAAGACUUCUUAAGUAGAGAAAAGAGGCUGUUUGAAGUAGAUUACUUUUGUCAAGUUCUGUAUCUCUUUACUCCUUCUCUCUGGCCUGAGAUAAAAAGAAAAAAAUUAUUUGUUGAAAUUUGGUAAUUUCAUCAAACAUAUUUAUUCAGUGACUGACGUGCACACUUUUUCCUAGCGGUGGAUUGAAAAAUUGAUUUUCAAAGUGAAGUUGUGAGAUAAAGCUAAGCUCUACCGGCGUCAGAGAACUGCUUCACACGAAGGGGAUCCUGGAAGUCGUUGGCCGAGAACUCCCAAGAGUUUGGGGUUGUUUUGUUUUGUUUUAAAGCUCCAACGGGGAGGACACGGCCCUUCCUCUUCUUGGCGCUCUGGGAAGUGUAUUCCCCUGGACUCUAUCCGGAAACGAGGGGCUGCGGCGUGUGUCCGGGGCUUCUGGGAAGUGUAGUUCCGAGCGCUGUGUAGUCAGAGGCACUUCCGCUCCGGGAAAGCGAGGCAGGCACCAUUUUUUCGAUCCGGGAGGUGAGUCGGCCCUGCACCCCCAAGACCCCUGCGAGCCUUUUCGGCCUGAGCGUGGGACUAGUCGCUACCUAGCCGGCUGUCUUAGGAUGGAGAAGUCGCGGCCGCCGGCGGAGGCUGAGAGGUGGAGGGCGCAAGUGCGGCAUCCUUCUGUUCUCCUCCCCCGCUUACCAAGCAGAGCUGCUACUUCUAUCGGUACAAUAUAUGGCGAGUUGUUGAUUAUCCGUGCGUCCUACUUUCCUCCUCUGGAAGACAGCGGGAGAGACGGUCACUACUGGGUAGGGUUGUGAUUAGAAUCGAGUGAGACCAUACGUGUCAACAGCUUCGAACGCUGGUGUCACAUAACGGGUUGACUCUCGCUGUUGACGCAGUUCAUUUUCUCACGACCGCCCUUUUGACUGGACGCCCAAGUGAAGGGAGAGAGCGAGGAGCGAUGGCACGGUCCUUCUGUCAGACAUCGGGAGACAGCCCUUCCCGAGCUUUUCCCGAGCUUUUACUGAUCUCGUUUUUUAGGAAGCACCGAGUCACCCCGCGCUAGUGCCUGGGGACGUCCCGUGGCAGUGUAUCCGGCAGACGGAUACAGUCGUGCUCUUCCACCACAUCCUUUUCUUCGCCAGUCCUGAAUUCGGAAACGGGAGGAAGGACGGACCUCUUGGCCCCUCACAGCAUAGCCCCAGCUGCAAGAAAAAGGGACUCCUAUAUUUUUAGAACUUUCCAUCUACUCCUUGAAUCCUUGGAACAACUCUACGUGGUGGGUAUGGUUUACGAGGAGUGGCCAGGUGCAUAUCCUAUCCUCAUUGUGUAGAUGACUGAAGAGAGGCACAGAGAGGUUUUUUGUAAUACCCCUACAUUACAUGGGUGCGUAGUAUCUUUUCCAGGAUUUAAACCUAGGACUUUGACUCCAGAACUCUUUGUUUUAUUCUUUUCUUUUUCUUUUUUUUUUUUUUUUUUUUGCGGUGCGCGGGCCUCUCACUGUUGUGGCCUCUCCCGUUGUGGAGCACAGGCUCCGGACGCGCAGGCUCAGCGGCCAUGGCUCACGGGCCCAGCUGCUCCGCGGCAUGUGGGAUCUUCCCGGAUCGGGGCACGAACCCGUGUCCCCUGCAUCGGCAGGCGGACUCCCAACCACUGCGCCACCAGGGAAGCCCUUUUCUUUUUUUUUUAAACCCACAUUGUUGUUACGUUGCGUUUCAUUUCCUGCCACCCCCAGGAUCAGAAAUCUUUUUUUUUU